UUGCCUGUCGGAAGUACGUACGUUUUACAGCUCAUGCGGAAGUGGCACGUUCGUAAUGGCAACCGGAGCAGAUCAAGCUGUUGGCUUUGGACUCGUUGGCUUUAGUCUUUUGCUGUUCACAUAUUACUCCAUUUGGGUGGUAGUCUUGCCUUUCGUAGACAGUGACCAUGUGAUACACAGCUAUUUUCUUCCACGAGAAUAUUCAGUCAUACUUCCUGGCAUCGCAGCAUUAAUCCUCUUGCUCUUUGUUGGCACAUUCAUAGGGAUCGUAACAUGGAAGAAUCGAAAACCUAAGAAAGUUGAUUAAGACUCUCCAGGUUGUUGUGAUUCGUACUGCAGCAAGAAUGAUCAGCGUUGGUUUUACUCAUCCAUGUGAAGAGGAUGAACUUCUGGAAUCCAGUCAUUUGUCAUGUUCAGGUGCUGUAGUUGUUAAAAUGAACAUCAAAAUAGAGUUAACUAAUUCACCAAAGCCGUACUGAACAUGUACACAAUAAUAGUCUACCUGAGCUUUGUACAUCUAGUAGCUACAACAUUGACUCAAGACCAUGCUAGUAGUGCAAUGAUUUAGGGAAUUAGCGUGAAUAAUACAUAAGAUGAUAAAAUAGGCACAUAAGACAUGUGUGUAGUUUAGAGCACAUCUAAAUGAAAUAUGGGAGUAAUGUUUCAUUGUUCUUGUACUAUGCUUUAAGUCUGUGUGUUUCAGCUGUUCUCUUGUUUUGUAAAUAGACAUAUUUAUGAGGUAGAGUGCUUCCUUUUAGCCUCAAAUAUCAGAAGAAGAGUCUGAAAAUAAUGGGAAAGGGAUUUUUUGCUGUUUCAAACAAUUCCUCAUUAAAUGAACAGAAAUAUACCUA